AAAAUACAUCAACACACCACCCUCACUGCAAUAACAACAACACUAUAUAAUUUGCCUUACUGCUCAUAACAUACCCCCUCGUGAAUUCUCAGCCGUUGAUUUGGGUUCUGGCCUUGCUGCUCAAUCUCAUCAUCAGCCAUGGAUAUGAAAGGGGAUGGUAGUGUUUGUGUGAUGGAUGCUGCAGGGUGUGUGGGCUCCACUCUGGUGAGGUGCCUUCUGCUCCGAGGCUACGCGGUUCAUGCUGCUAUGCAGACCCAUGAUGAUGAUUUGAUAGAAUCCUGGAAGAGGGAAUAUGCUGCAGAAAUCAGCAACAGCAAAUUGAAAGUUUUCCAAACUGACCUCUUGGAUUACCACAGCAUAUUGAAGGCAAUGAAGGGAUGUUAUGGUUUAUUUUACUCUUUUGAGCCACCAUCUGAUUAUGCUACUUACAAUGAAUUCAUGGGAGAAAUUGAGGUGAGAGCGGCACACAACGUGGUGGAAGCUUGUGCACACACAACCACCAUAGACAAAAUAGUUUUCACAUCCUCAGCCACAGCAGUGGUAUGGGCCCAGGAUUCCGUCCACCCUCUUGACGAAAGGAACUGGAGCGACAUCAGCUUCUGCAAGAACUUUAAGUUGUGGCACAGCCUGUCAAAGACAGUGGCAGAAAAGGCAGCUUGGGCGUUGGCAAUGGACAGAGAGGUAAACAUGGUGUCAAUUAAUGGAGGUUUAUUGAUCAGGCCAGGUUUGAGCAUGAAAGAUCCAUACCUGAAAGGGGCAGCAGAGAUGUACGAAGGGGGCUUUUUGGUAGCAGUAGAUUUAGGGUUCUUGGUUGAUGCUCACAUUUGUGUCUUUGAGGACGUCUCAUCUUACGGAAGAUACCUAUGCUUCAAUCAUGUUAUAAAUAGCAGCCAAGGCACUACUAAGCUUGCCAAAAUGUUUUUAUCAAUAGACCCUACACAACAUCAUCUAUCUCCGGACUCUAUUCAAAGCAUGGAAAGUGAGGAUGAUAUAGUAUAUCAGCAAAGCAUAAGCAACCAGAAACUAAGCAAGCUCAUGUUAGGCUUUGAGAGUGAAACACUACAAAUGCAUGUAUAAGGGGAAAAGGACAUAAAGGCUAAAUAAACCGGCAUGAAAGUUCUACGGUUUGAUCCACCAAACACAGCAAAUGACAAGUGAUGAGAAUCUUUCAUGAUAAAGAAACCUAGAAACUCUCAUACACAGUUAUAUAUUGACACAGCCAAAUUUCAUCACAUACAGGAUUAUUAUUUCUUCUUUUUUACAACAAAAAAAAAAGGAAAUGGAAACAUCAUUUGAUGAAACUUGGGUAUCCCUUGCAAUGUAUUUCACCACACUUCCCAUAACUGUAUAUGUAAUUUUGAAUCUUAUUUGGUG